CUACAUAGGGAUAGGGGGCGGCUCCCGCCCGCCCUCCCGGCCCCGUUCGGUUCCGCCAUGGCCCCGGUGCUGGGGCUCUGGGCCGCUCUGGUUCUGGUUCUGCUGCCCGCCGCCGCCCCGCAAGACCUGGCGGGAGCAGGAUACAAUUGUUAUCAGUAUACGAACCGGAGCUGUGAGGAGUGUCUGAAAAAUGUCACUUGCCUGUGGUGUGCCAGCAGCAGGAAGUGCAUGGAGUACCCUGUCCGAAGAGUCCUCCCCCCCGCUGCCCUCUGUGAGCUCCGCUCCGCGCGUUGGGGACUCUGCUGGGUGAACUUCGAGGCCCUGAUCAUUGCCAUGUCUGUGGUGGGAGGAACAAUCCUGAUGGUGCUGGGGGUCUGCUGCUGCUGCUGCUGCUGUAAGACAAGGACCAAAAAGCCAGACAAGGACGAGGAGCGAGCGGCCAGGGAGCGGGAGAAGCGCCGGGUGCGGCAGGAGGAGAGGAGAGCAGAGAUGAAGUCGCGGCACGAGGAGAUCCGAAGGAAAUACGGUUUGUUCAAGGAUGAAAACCCUUAUGCAAAGUUUGAGAAUUAGCACCUCUGGACCUGCCCACCCUGGUGAACGGGGCCUCCCUGGAGAGCUGCAGGACCCCUGCCUCAAAAAGAGCCCCCAGAGGCCUGGUGACACCCCUGUCCCCACUCGGGGUGUACAGCUCCCUGCAGAGCUCUGCCCUGGCUCUGCUGCUGCUGCAGGAACUGGGGGGGCUCUAGCAGCGGGUGACACUUUCCUUCUCACUCACUCCUGGGGUGGUAACAGAGUCCAAAGAAAUGCAAAUAACAGUCCUGGUCUCUUUUGCCAAGGGGAAAAGCAGCCUUGGGCACCUUGCUUGCUCCUGUCUCACCAAGAACCUCUCACACAGAGCCAGUCCCUUCUUCCCCUCCUUUUUUUUGCCAGCGAGAGAGAUUCUUGAUUUAUUGGUCAACAGGAGGCCUUGGCUGUUCCUUCAGGUGCCUGUUCUUGUCCCAGCACACGAGCAUUCCUUGCAAAAAAAAAAAAAAAAAAAAAAAAA